UCUUUGGAACUGGUGAAGCGAGAGGAUCUCAGUGGCUUGGCCAGAGAACUCCUUACUCUUGAUCAGAAGGUUGCAAAGUGGGUCCACGCCACUCCGUUGCCAGCGAAGAUCAGCGAGGCUCGCUUGUACUCCCUGGAAGCUCGCCUCGCCGAUGAGAUGGAUGCAAGGCUCGCCCUGGAGAGCAAGGUUCGAAGACACGGUCCGCUGACGCCGCGCAUGACCAGGAGCGAAGACUCGGAUUUGGUGCUGCCACAGCUCUCUCAUGACUCAUUCAGCCAAGGCUUUGCCAAAGGAGCGGCCGUGGCCCCCAGGCGUGGCGGAGUUCGGUAG